AUGGCCAAACGAAGCGCUGAGUUGGUACACGCUCUAGCCACCUCGGCCAUCCAGGGCGAUUCGGCGCCAACUUACAUCGGCUUGCGGGGAUUUUCCCCAACCAAGCAUCUCCCACCAGCCGACAAGAACGAUAGUGUAGUGCGUGUGAGUGUGUGUGUGUGUGUGUGUGUGUGUGUGUGUGUGUUUGUCGGGGUGCAAGGAUGGGCAACGCGUCCCGACGCGCGUUUAUCAGCGAGAUGGAAAUUCCGAAAGGAAGUAGUCCCCUGCGGCAGACGAGACCGGAAAUGGCACGUUGUGGCCGCUGGGCACCACCUGAGCGGUGCUUAG